AAAACUUUACCUUUCGUCUAACGCCGUCUUUGAUAUCUCCUACACGUCGCCGUUAUUCCACACCUGUGUCAUCGUUUCGUACAAAGAAUCUCCACAUGACGUGUAUAAGUAACCGUACGUACCUAUAACCUAAACAUCACAACUGCCGUAACGGAUUUCUUACAGAACUAUGGAAUCUGUCGGGUCCAAUGACUCCAAUCAAAUAUCUCCGUACGUCAGUAACCGAGACCAACGUCACCUCUUGGCUCAUCAGCCGGUGGAAGAUCGGAUCAUUCGAGCUCUACGUCACAGGCUCCGUCUCCUCAGCCGUCCAAACGACUCUACUUUCCACGUCCUCGGUGCUACGUGUAACGUCUACACCGUGACGUUAACGGCUACACCGACUUGUACUUGUCCCGACCGUAAGAAGCCGUGCAAGCACAUUUUGUUUGUCUUAAUCCGAGUUCUCGGUAUUCCACUCGAAGACAAGUGUCUCCGCCGACGUAGACUCCGGCCAUGUCUCCUUCACCGUCUCGUCUCCGCUCCCACACGACCUGACUGCCUCGCCAGUUUCCACCUCCAGCAACGGUUUCUUCAGCUAUUCUCCACCGUCAAUUCUCAUAUCGGAGACACUACUAACUCAUCCACCACCCGUGAGCUGGAAAAUGAGAUGGAAGACGAAGCAGCAACAUGUCCAAUAUGUCUAGACGAUAUUAACGUCAUUAAAAGCACAGACGGUGAAUAUGUUGGAGGCGAGGAAAUAGAGAAGGCGGUGGUGAAAUGCAGGGUGUGCAAGAACAAAGUGCAUGAAGAAUGCAUGAUGAAGUGGAGGACGAGUCGGGGACGGAGGCCGGCGAUCUGCGUGGUUUGCCGUUCACGGUGGCGGCGAAGCAGUGCUUCUAGCAGGACUCCCAGUGUCGGUGGUAAUAACGAGAGCUUCCACGGUAAUUGUUACUUAAAUCUUGCUCCUUAUGUUAAUGGGCAGGAGGAGGAUGGGGUUGGCACGAGUCAACGGUCAUGUUGAGGAAGUUGAAAGGUUAAUUGUUAUGUCAUGUGUUAAUUGUCAAUGUCAUGUAAACAAGAUGCCCUUAACAAAAACAAAAUUGUGGAUAUAUGUAUUCAUUUAUCUAAAUCUCGUGUUGGUUUAGUAAUUAGCCGUGUUAUUCUGGUCUGAUUAUGUUUAGAAGUAUAUGUUGGGAUUGUUAAAACAAAUGUCCAACUUUCUAUUAUCCGAUUAGUAUGAUACUGUCUACUUUGAAUUUAAGAGACUGGUACACAUAAAUUUUA